UGAGCACAGGCAGGAGCACGCGAGCAGCUAGCUGCGGGCAGAGGAGGGAAGUGACACCUUGAUGACCAAGUCUUUCUCCAUGGAUUUGAAGGAGAGCACCAGUGAGGGAAGCCUGGGCAGUCUCCAGCCCUCCAGCCUGCAGAUCUUCGCCAACACCUCGACCCUCCAUGGAAUCCGCCACAUCUUUGUCUAUGGACCCAUGACGGUGCGGCGGGCCCUGUGGGCUCUGGCGUUUGUGGGUUCCCUGGGCCUCCUCUUGGUGGAAAGCUCAGAGAGGGUGGUCUACUACUUCUCCUACCAGCAUGUCACCAAGGUGGAUGAGGUCGUGGCCAACAGCCUGGUCUUCCCGUCUGUCACCAUCUGCAACCUGAACGGGUUCCGCUUCUCCCACCUCACCACCAACGACUUGUACCAUGCCGGCGACCUUCUGGCCUUGCUGGACGUCAACCUGCAAGUUCUCCAGCCCCACCUUGCCGACCCAACGGUUCUGGCCAUCCUACGAGAGAAGGCCAACUUCCAGCAUCACCGAGCCAAAGUGUUCAGCAUGAGCGAGUUCCUGGGGCGCGUGGGCCACGACAUGAAGGAAAUGCUGAUGUACUGCAAGUUUCGGGGACACGAGUGCAGCCACAAGAACUUCACAACCGUUUUUACGAAAUAUGGGAAGUGCUACAUGUUUAACUCAGGAGAAGAUGGACACCCUCUGCUGACCACUGUCAAGGGCGGGACGGGCAACGGCCUGGAGAUCAUGCUAGACAUUCAGCAAGACGAGUACUUGCCAAUAUGGGGAGAAACAGACGAAACUACCUUCGAAGCAGGAGUCAAAGUCCAGAUCCACAGUCAGUCCGAGCCGCCUUUCGUCCAAGAGCUCGGGUUUGGAGUGGCGCCCGGAUUCCAGACAUUUGUAGCCACACAAGAGCAGAGGCUGACGUACCUUCCGCCUCCAUGGGGCGAGUGCCGCUCCUCAGACUACGGCCUGGACUUCUUUCCCGUCUACAGCAUCACCGCCUGCAGGAUUGACUGCGAGACCCGCUACGUGGUAGAGAACUGCAACUGCCGGAUGGUUCACAUGCCAGGGGAUGCCCCGUUCUGCACUCCAGAGCAGUAUAAAGAAUGUGCAGAGCCUGCGCUGGGCCUUCUUGGGGAAAAAGACAGCAGUUACUGCGUGUGCCAAACACCAUGCAAUCUGACCCGCUACAACAAGGAACUCUCCAUGGUCAAGAUCCCCAGCAAAACCUCAGCCAAGUACCUCGAGAAGAAGUUCAACAAGUCAGAGAGAUACAUCUCGGAGAAUAUCCUCGUGUUGGACAUAUUCUUCGAAGCCCUCAACUACGAGACCAUUGAGCAGAAGAAAGCAUAUGAGGUGGCAGCUUUACUUGGUGAUAUCGGAGGUCAGAUGGGCCUUUUUAUUGGUGCUAGCAUCCUCACCAUUUUGGAAAUAUUUGACUAUAUCUAUGAGUUGAUCAAGGAGAAAUUGUUAGACAUUCUUGGCCAGGAGGAAGAGGAAGGAAGCCACGAUGAGAAUGUGAGCACGUGCGAUCCUUUGCCGAACCACUCUGACCCCAUCAGCCACACUGUGACAGUCCCUCUGCAAACGACACUCGGCACGCUGGAAGAGAUUGCGUGUUGACAACACCCUCCCCGGGCGCCACACGUGGCCGGACGGCAGGGACUCUCUCUC